AACCUGCCGGGAGGAGGAAAGUUCGUGCGCGGCGGAACAGCGAGUUCGCCGGCGGCGAUCGUAAUUGGAAAAAGAUCGGAUCGCUGUUACGAGUUGAUCCGGAGUCGGUGAAUCGUGUGCUUAGGGAGCGCGCACCACCACCCUGCGCCGUCGACGAUUCGGACGGCAGCCGCGAUCGCGGAAUUCUUAUUCGCAAUUUCACGUGCCAGAUACUCGAAAAAGUUUGCCCGCCUUUCGAGGAGUUGUCGCGCGAUCGGGAAUCCUCGACAGAUCGAGCCGACGGCGAGGAGGCCGCCGCCGGGCUGCGGCAGGUGGGAGGCGUUCGUUUCAGUGAAAACAAGCUGUCGGGAGGAACGAGUCCUCUCUUUUUAUCUUUCAAAACGGUGGAAAGCAAGUCACGAAAAACGGCGAACCACUACGGCGUCCACUAUACGGGCUCGUACGCGUACAGCAACGGGGCGCCGAGCGUGUACAGCAGCUAUCCGGCGAACGGCGGUUUCGUCCACCAACAUCAUCUCCAUGAGGACUACCGGCCGAUUUACUUUUACGUAGCCCAGCCCUACACUAUCCCGUACACGUUCGCCAGAAGACCAAGGCCGUCCUCGCUGCUGAGGCCCGGCAAACCUCCUCGCAGCAGCAACUGCCGCGUCAAGUUCUCCAAGAGGCUCGGCAACGCCGACUUCUCGCAGAAGGUCAAGCAGGGCGAGUUCUCGAGGAGUCUCAGCCAGGUGCACUUCGUCGAGAGCCAGGGACAAGUGAUCGCGAACUAUCCGAAGGCUGGGCCGACACCGCGUGACCCGAGGAUGACGUCCAUGUUCCGUAGGGGCACCAUCUUCGCCACCUUUUUCCUGUCGUUGCUCGGCGGAGGCCUCGUCUGCGCUGCCCUCGUGACGCAACAUUGGGUCGAAGCGCGACCCCACAGGACACCGAAUCCGCAGGAGAGCGACGGCAGGGUUCAUUUUGGCCUACUUCAAGGCAAGAAGGAGCUAAACGUCGCCUACGGUUGGAGGCCAUAUCACAUUUCCGUGCCUCAGAUGAUCCGACAAGAUCCAACGGUGAUGUCAUGGGGUCUGUGGAUCAGCACCCUGACAACGACCUCAGCAGCUCUGGUCACAGCAGGAUUGGCAGCGCUGCUGGCCGUUUUGAACACCGCCACUUCGCCGAGGUCGAAAAUCCUCUCCGAUCCCGGCGUGUACUUCAUAAAUAUUUUAACGCUGUUAAUGUGCCUCGCUAGCACGAGCACCUGGCUGGCACAGUACUACACAAAGCUGUACUUCAACGUGCUUCCGAAGGAGGACAUCGACAAUAUGUGGACCAGCGAGGGUUCUGCUGAGCUCGGUUAUUCAUUUUGGCUGGUCGUGUGCGCCGGGGUGGUGCAUUUAAUCAGCAUAGCAUUGGUCGGCUGGGGCUCCGGACGAGACAAAAUUGAACGUCUCGAAGCAAUUCCGGCUUUGGAAGAGAAGACCGCCGCGGCAAUAAUGCUGUAUUGAAUCCGAGGAUUCUCGGGGCGCAGACUCAAAUAGAAGAGAUCCAUUACAGAAAUUAAACAGCGCUCGUGUGUCGAGCGAACGGGAGUCGAUUAUACAAAGAGCAGCGGCGCGUUUCCGUUGUCCGGGACCGAAUCUCGUCAAGUUCCUAGACUGUUUGUUAGGUCGUUUCCUUUUCGAGCAAACGCGACGAUGGAAAACGGCGCGGAAUCGCGAAGGAAUUCUUCGCGUGAAAUAUAUCUCUACGUCUCAAGGAUUCUGUCUAUGACACGGGGACGCGAACGGACAACGUCUGAAUUUCUAAGGGGGUGCAUGAUCGAAUAGAACAUGUACAGGGAACAUUUCGCAAAUAAAUUCGAUAACGGUAAUCUUUAAAUCGUUCGUUUAAAAUGGAA